AUGAAGAUUAGCAUAAUUUAUAUCUCUAUAUUCACUGCCCUAGCGCAGGCGGCAUCUCGCACGUCACCACCAUCCGGAGCAAUUGUAGUCGCAAAAUCCGGUGGACAAUAUACCGACCUCCAAUCGGCCAUAAACUCAAUCCCCGCCUCUUCCACCUCCUCCUACACAAUCUUCAUCCAACCAGGAACCUACAACGGUCAAGUCUACAUCCCAAACACCGUCAAAGGCAAAAUCACAAUAUACGGAUACACUACAAACGACCAAGAUUAUAACCAAAACCAAGUUACCUUGGUAAACUCCCUUGGAGCGGAUGUCGCUGGUAGCAAUGAUGCCUCUGGAACAUUGAGGGCCCAUUCGACGGACUUUAAAGUCUACAAUAUCAAUAUUCAGAAUUCGAGGGGUUCUGGAGUACAGGCUAUUGCACUGAGCACACAGGGCAAUCAGCAGGGAUAUUAUGGAUGCAAGCUCUUGGGAUACCAGGAUACUUUGUUGGCUAAUAAGGGAACCAACGUCUUCAAUAAAUGCUACAUCGAAGGUGCCACAGACUUCAUCUUCGGCCAACAAGCAAUAGCCUGGUUCGAAAAAUGCACAAUCGCCAUCUCCGGUGCCGGCUUUAUCACCGCCAACGGUCGCGACAGCGACACAAACCCAUCAUACUACGUCAUAAACUCCUCCUCCAUCUCUCUAAAAUCAGGCGUCAGCUCCAGCGUUAAAACAUAUCUCGGCCGUCCAUGGCGUGCAUAUGCCAGAACUGUAUUCCAGAAUACUGCCAUGUCAUCAGUUGUCAGACCUGAGGGAUGGUCCACUUGGAGUGUGGCACUCGAUAAUGUUUACUACGCAGAGUACGGAAAUACGGGUGAUGGAUCUAAGGGCACUCGUGUUAGUUGGGCUAAACAGUUGUCUUCCCCACUUACUCUCACUGGUAUUAUCGGCAGCACUUCUUGGAUUGAUAUGAAUUAUUGGAACAAUGUUAGUAGCAGUACUACCACCACCACUACGAAGGCUACCACCACUGCCGCCGCUACUACAACGAAAACAACAGCCGCUGGUGGGGGCGGGUGUACUCAGUCUCUCUACGGCCAGUGCGGCGGGCAAGGAUAUACUGGAUGCACAGUUUGCGCUUCAGGAAGUACUUGCAAAUAUUCUAACGAUUGGUACUCACAGUGCCUCUAG